GGUCAGACCCGCUGGUGCUCCACUGACUUAUCAUAUUUGCGGACUUCGGCCAAGAACUCCCUCCUUUCUGGGCGUUGCCUGUCCAAUCAUUCCUUAUCCUGGCCUCAACCCAUCUUUUCUCUCGUUUGCAUCUUGCUCACGACCGUCAUGACGUUCCGCCCGUUCGAUGUCUCGAUUCCACAUAUCUUCUACGCCAUUUCUGGCGGGUUUGUCGUUCUGUUUGGCAUGUUCUCGCUUCUCAUCCGGGAGAAGCUGUACAUUGGAGAAGCACCGCUAGCUUUUCUGUUUGGUAUCAUCAUUGGCCCGUAUUGUGCCAACCUUAUCGACCCGAGAUCCUGGGGAGGCGGCUCCCACGAUACCGUUAAUACCAUUACUUUGGAAUUUACCCGUGUCGUUCUCGCCAUCGGCGUCUUUGCGAUCGGUGUUGAAUUACCGAAGGCAUACAUGGCUCGGCAUUGGAAGAGCAUAUUUUACCUAUUAAUACCCGUCAUGACUUUUGGAUGGCUAGUUUGUGCCGGUCUUAUCUUCGCUCUUAUACCCGGCUUAAGUUUCCUAUCGUCCCUUGCCGUAUCUGCAUGCCUCACUCCUACGGAUCCUAUUCUUGCAGCCGCUGUUGUCGGAGGAAAGUAUGCUGAUAAGCACGUCCCGGCCCACCUUCGACAUCUUCUAACCGCUGAGAGCGGGUGUAAUGAUGGUGCUGCGUUCCCGUUUCUGUAUCUUGCACUCUAUCUCGUUUUGGAUAGUACCGACAAAGCUGCUAUCCGAGACUGGUUCCUCAUUACUUGGCUCUAUGAAGUAGUUCUGGGAACGGUCUUCGGAGCCAUCAUCGGCAUUGCAUUUCGGCACUUGAUGAAGUUUUGUGAACGGAAGGACCUCAUCGAUAGGCAGUCUUACGUCGCUCAGUAUGUCUCGCUUGCGAUAUUUGUUAUUGGUGUCACUACGAUGCUAGGAAGCGAUGACCUUUUGGCAGCGUUCUCUUGCGGGACCGCUUUUGCGUGGGACGGAUUCUUCAACCGUCAGACGGAGCAGUCCGUGUUCUCAUCUGUCAUUGACUUGCUCUUCAACAUUGCCGCAUUCAUCUUUAUUGGUGCAUGGAUGCCGUUUAAAGACUUUGCCAAUCCGGACUUGACAUUGUCCGUAUGGCGAUUGAUUGUCAUUGCCAUACUCGUACUUCUCCUACGCCGACUACCCAUCGUGAUUGCGCUUUACAAAUUCAUUCCGGAUAUUAAGACAUUUCGUGAAGCAAUUUUCAGCGGUCAUUUCGGUCCUAUGGGUGUUGGCGCCAUCUUCAUAUCGACCCUCGCAGCGGAACAUCUUCCAACUCCGCAUGAAUCCCAUGACGUGCAGAAUAAUCAAGUGGAAUUACUUUCGGCUAGUAUACAACCUAUAGUGGCUUUCAUGGUACUAUGCUCGAUUAUCAUCCAUGGAAUGUCCAUACCGUUCUUCUCGCUUGGCCGACGCGUCCACUCCGUUUCACGUACAUGGUCUCGACAUCAAACUGUGGAUAGUUUAGGUCCAGAAUGGGCAACGCAGACUCGACGGGUGUCACGUCCGGAGGACAUCGUCAUCAACCGCGACAGCGUACUAGAGCGGGGUGAGCUUGGACACGGUGCAGUUGAUGAGAAGGAAUCUUUACCAGAGGCCGCUCCCGACUAUUCGGAGAAGAAGAGCGAGACACCAAGUUCGCCGAGUAGUACUCUGCCGUCUAAGGCAGGUGCUAGUACGGAGGGUGGAGAUCCGGACGCGAAGGUUGAGGGACGUCCCGAUGGACCGCCUGACGGCUCCGCUGUUGAAGAACAGUGGAGAGAAGGACCUGACAUCGUGGUUGAGCGACAAUCGUCUCCAGGAGAAGAAGUUGAAGUACAAGUGAAACGAGGCGCAGUUGCAGCUGAAGAAGGUCAAGAAGAAACGGAGGUCCUGCGUACGUUCCGCGGCUCGCCAGGAGAAGUAGAGCAUACAGCCAGACAUUUCAAGGAUAAGUUGAAAGAGAAAAUGCACCAUGAAGAGAAGGAAGUCGAGGAAGCGGUUAGAGAGAUUGGCGAGGAGGUCGAGAAAAGGGUGAAGAUUGUAGAAGAUGGUUUGAACGGUUCAUCUGGGUCAUCGAGUUUGUCGAAGAAUAAUGAACGUCGCCCGGCGGAAGCACCGGGAAAUGAUGAUGACGAUGAGGGCUGGGCUUCGGAUCGGAGUGGUCAGAGGAAUGGACCGAGUAGUUUCAGAGGCGUACAUUCGUCAACUGACGAUCUUGCACGCAAGCGCUCGAAAUCACCCAAGCACAAAUCCGGAAUCAAAGCUUUAAGUCACGGUGUACGAAGGCAUCGUACCUCCAUCCGUCGGAGUCUCCUAGGCAAAGUGCGACCUCUCACUUCCACUAUAUCCAAGAUAUCCGAACCCGGUACUGAAGAAGAGAAUGACGAAGUCGAGGAAGAGAGAGAGGAGGGAAAGGGUACAAGAGGACGACAUUUGGCUAUUGGGUUACCUGAGAGACUUAGCCAUCGGAGAGUUGAUUCGCUUCGUGCGUCGCCUACUCCGCGGUCAGCGUCUCCUGCGCGCUCGGUGAGGUCUGUACGGUUUGCUUCUGAGAGUGGAGCUGCGACACCUGUUGAGGAACGGGACAGUCCGGUUAGUCCUAGUGCUCGACAGGUUGCGUUCGACUUGCCUCAUGAGCCAAGGUCGUGAAUGUGAAAUAUUUAAGUAUUUUCAACUGUAAAGAAGUUCUGGGCCGGAUAAGAUUUUUUUUCUUGGUUAACGUUUCUCUCUGGUCUGCUUUGCAUUAUAUCAAUUAGUAUUUGCAACUUGCAUAUGCAUUUUUCAUAUAACUGUAGCAAACAAUUUUCUUUCAAGCUUCC